UUUUGCUCCCUGUCUCAAUGAUGAAAAAAUAAUCUUAAGUAAACAUUGUACACUCUAUAGAUUGUGGAAAUUAUAUGAAAUAUCGUUCUUUUAAUGGCAUUAAUUACAAGAAUGUAAAUUUUAUCAAUAUUUGUUUAAAAAGGACUAAUUUUUUUAAGGUUCUUCAGAAUUCGUUGAUUAUUAUGAUGAGCAGGAGUCUGUAAAAGUAAUAUAGACUCUUGAUUAAGAAUUGUAUACGACUCAAAGAUAAGGUUUAAAUUUUUUUUACAAACUUCCGUUAAACAAGGAUUCACCAGAAACUUAAAAUUAUAUGUUGACACUGUAUUUUGCUGAAGUAUUUCUUAUGAUAAAACUAGCUACAAUAUUCAGAAAGUAAUGCUCGAAUUUUUGAUGUAUAUUUUGGAAAUAAAUUAGUUAUUGAAAAUCUCGACAUUUAUGAAAAAGUUGGGAUGAGAACUGCUUACAUAAUAGAAAUAAGUUUUCAAAUAAUUGGAUUAUAAGUUUUAUAUAAAGGUGAGUAAAUUAAUGGAGCUCUCAGUAAAAAUUAUGAAUUUUUAAUCAGAUUUAAAGCAAUUAAAAGCUUAGCAGCAAUUGCUGGAAUUAUGUUAAAAAUUGGAGAUAAUUAAAUUGAAAUAGCAAAUAACGAAAACCCAAAAAAUACUUUAAAGGCUAUAGAUGGGUUUAAGAAACUAUCUGAUGAAAGUUUGAAAAUUAUUGAAUCAGAAGUAAAAGAGAUAUAAAAAGAUCUCCAAAAAAACCAUGCAAAUGAACUUGAUGAUCCUAAUAAUAGAAGAAGUUUAAAAAAGGAAAUAAAAUUAAUUGAAUUUUCAAUCAAAUUAUUAAUAAUAUUAACUCGAUCACCUUUUGGAAUAGUACUUGCUAGCAGUUAUUUUGGAAUAAGCUUAAUAACAUUGUUGUAAUUGUUUUUUAAUGAAAAAUAAACAAUCACAGAACGUGGCAAGACUAAAAUUUCAAAGUAAAAUUGA